AUGGAGGUUCUACAUGAGCUGUGCUGGUUAGCACAUGAUAAUCGAAUAGCGCUCUGUCCCGAGGAGAAGUAUCGCAACGUUCUCGACCUUGGUACCGGUGAUGGUACAUGGGCGAUAGAGUUUGCUGACAUGCACGAGGAGGCAACCGUUAUUGGUGUUGAUAUGCACCGCUUUCAGCCAACUUUCGUGCCUCCAAACUGUGAGUUCCAAAUUGAUAACCUUGAAGAGGAUUGGACAUGGAGCGGUUGUUUCGACUUUAUACAUGCGCGGAUGUUGUCCGGGUGCUUUAAGAAACCGAGACACAUCGUAAGCAGCGCACAGCUGACACCAGGCGGUUAUUUCGAGGUUACCGACAUACUCUACACCCCAAAGUCCGAUGAUGGAACACUUGUUUCCAAUUCACCCCUCCGCACAUGGGCAAAUCAACUUGCUAGCGCGGCCAGGGAGAUAGGCCGCCCUCUUAUUGGAGACGCUUCUGAGUAUCUGGAUAUGCUCAGCGAAGCGGGCUUUGUGGAUAUCCAUGUGGUUGUUAAAAACUUGCCCACCAACUCCUGGCCGAAUGACAAGACACUGAAGGAAAUCGGGAAAAUCAGUUCACUCGCCCUUGAGCUUGAGACGAUUUCUAUGGCUCUCUUUACGCACGGCCUGGGUUGGGACCCCGAAGCAGUCAUUGCCACAUGCGCUCAUGUCCGUGAAGAAUUUAAGUCGCCGGAUGUUCAUGCAUAUUUCCCUUUAAUUAUUGUCUACGGGAGGAAGCCAUGUCGGCCGGGUAGCGUAGAAGAAAGAUGA